AUUAUUCCAGUUCGACUAUCUUUCAAUCUACCAGAUACCUUCCUUAAAGUGACAGAAGGAUUCUUUUCGAAUGUUCAUCAAAUCAUUAUUUAGCAAGUACUUCACAGCUUCCUUAACAAUUAAGAAUGAAAAUUGACGUCAGAACAAAUAAAAUAUCCAAAAAGUUGCAAAAGAUUAAGGCUUACUCAGGAUUUAUUUAAGGGUUUCCAAUUUUACGGUGAGCUGUAUCUGUUUCAGUUUUAAGGGAAUCGAAUUCAUGACAUCCCAGACGUUGAGAAGAAGGCUCCACCACGGAGAUGUUGACGGUAGAAGAAAUGAGCAUUCGGAGACUUCGGGAUUUGAUUCUCUAGACGAGCCAUUACUAGGAAAUGGAGUAUAUGAUGGUCCGCAUUCAGAGGGCUAUUUGCUUCCUGAAAUUUUGGAUGAUGGGCGGCGUAAAGAACACUUGCAUUGGACAAUUCUUUUUUCGCAUAUAAUCUCUCAAUGGGCGCAGUGGUUAGCGAAUAUUGUCCUCGGAUCUGGAUCAUUUAUUGGACGGCUUUUGCCAUUUGUAUCAGGCACUCAGAAUGGACCAAACGGGAAGAUCUCUCCCCCUUUACUUAGUCCCUUACAGGACGCAAGACUCAAAUAUCUAAAGCAAAGGCUGGCAGUUCCUUUUGAUGGUUCUUUUUUGGAGCAUCAGGAUGCUCUAAAACAAUUGUGGAGGUUAGCUUACCCUGAUAGAGAACUCCCAGCACUGAAAUCAGAUCUCUGGAAAGAGAUGGGAUGGCAGGGAUCUGAUCCUUCCACAGAUUUCAGGGGUGGAGGAUUCAUAUCAUUGGAGAACCUUAUAUUCUUUGCCAAGACUUUUACGGAAGCGUUUCAAAAUUUGUUGCACAAGAGAGACGGAAACAGGUCAGAAUGGGAGUAUCCUUUUGCUGUAGCUGGCAUCAAUAUUUCUUUUAUGCUGGUGCAAAUGUUAGAUCUUCAAUCAGCAAAGCCAAAUACUAUAGCUGGAGUUCGAUUUCUGGAAAUAUUAAGUGAAGAUGAAAUGGCCUUCGAUAACCUUUUCUGCGUCACCUUUGAAAUGUUGGACGCACAGUGGCUUGCGAAGCAGGCCUCGUAUAUGCAAUUCAACGAAGUUCUCAAGUCCACAAGAGCGCAGCUAGAGCGCGAGCUUGCACUUGAUGAUAUCUACAGUAUAAAAGACUUGCCGGCUUACAAUCUACUAUUGAAAAGAUAACGCAUUUGAGAUCACUAUAAUUUUAUGACAAUCUUUAGGUAACACAUCUUUAUAUAUGUUCUGCACAAUUCUUCUCUCUUAAAAGUUAUAUCCACAGUUGAGAAUAUGGCAUAUUAUGGCAUGAAGUUGAGUAAUUUAAAGUGAUGGUAUAAUGCUUCUUUUUAAA